AGGAGACCGUUCGCCAUCUUGUAUAUUUAUUUGGAGGAAGAGGAGAAUCAGCUGCGACCGGUAAAAAAACGACAAGAACACAAAACGGCUCAGCGGCCUGACGUCCCCCUCCCUCCCCCUUUUCCCCCUGUGGUGAGAAAACACCCAGGAGUUCAUGUUCUACGCUCACUUUGUCCUCAGCAAACGUGGGCCGCUGGCCAAAAUCUGGCUGGCGGCCCACUGGGACAAGAAGCUGACCAAAGCACACGUGUUUGAGUGCAACCUGGAGAGCAGCGUGGAGAGCAUCAUCUCACCCAAGGUGAAAAUGGCUCUGAGGACCUCAGGGCACCUCCUGCUGGGCGUGGUGAGGAUCUACCACAGGAAGGCCAAGUACCUGCUGGCCGACUGUAACGAGGCCUUCAUUAAGAUCAAGAUGGCCUUCAGACCAGGAGUGGUGGAUCUUCCGGAGGAGAACAGGGAAGCGGCCUACAACGCCAUCACUCUGCCGGAGGAGUUCCAUGAUUUCGACCAACCGCUGCCAGACCUGGAUGACCUUGACAUUGCUCAGCAGUUUAACUUGAACCAGAGCAGGGUGGAGGAGAUCACCAUGAGGGAGGAGGUGGGCAACCUCAACCUGCUGCAGGACAACGACUUUGCUGAUUUCGGGAUGGACGACCGGGAGAUGAUGCGAGAGGAGAACGCGUUCGAGGUGGACAUCAUGGGAGCUUCGGCUUCCAACCUGCUGCUGGAGGCUGAAGGUGGCACUAACCAGAUGACUGACAAGGCCAACCACCUGGAGUACGAUGAGCAGUACAAAGACGACUUUGGAGACAACCCCAUGGAGAGCAAUGAGGGAGGCAUGCUGGUGGACAAACUUCUGAGUAAUGAGGACGGAGGCGGCAUCUUUGACGACCCUCCCGCCAUCACAGAGAGCGUGAUGAUGCCUCAGGACCAUGGGGACGAUGAGGACGACUUUGACGCGCUCUCAGCCGGAGUACCUGACAGUCCAGACUCAGGCCCGACUGAGCCGCUUCCAGCUAUGGCCGACCAAUUAGAACAGACCAGCAUGGUUCAUAAUGAGGAGGAGACCUUCGCCCUGGAGCCUAUUGACAUCACAGUUAAGGAGACCAAGGCCAAGCGUAAGAGGAAACUGAUCGUGGACAGUGUGAAGGAACUGGACAGUAAAACCAUCCGUGCCCAGCUGUCCGACUACUCUGACAUCGUCACUACGCUGGAUUUGGCUCCUCCCACUAAGAAGCUGAUGAUGUGGAAGGAGACCGGGGGGGUGGAGAAGCUGUUCUCCCUGCCUGCUCAGCCUCUGUGGAACGUCAGGCUGCUCAAGAUGUUCACACGAUGUCUGACACCGCUGGUACCAGACGAGCUGAGGAAGAGGAGGAAAGGUGGAGAGGCGGACAGUCUGGAUGAGUUCCUCAAAGACCUGGAGAACCCAGAGGUGCCCAGAGAAGACGUUACUGGAAACCAGCAGAGGGACAUCAUGGACCAGACCCUCACGGAGGAGGCCAGUGUUCUCCAAGCGUCUGCAGUGGAGGGCAGCAGGACGACUCUGGACGACUCGGUCAUGCCCCCACCGUCUUCUCAGCGAGGCCUGAAGCGCAAAUCACAGGACGCAGAGCCUGAUCUACCAAUGGGGGCUUUGGAAGAGCAGCAGCAGGAGACGUCCACAGUCGGUAAUGUGUCCCAGCAGUUGGAGUCUUCCACCACUGUGGAGCUUCCACCUGAGGAGACCAGCACCAACAUCAGCCAGCUGAUAGAGCUGGACCUACUGGCUGACAAGGACAAGAAAAAAGGCGAUGAAGACUCUGAUGAAGAAGAGGACGAGGCACAGGGAGGAGACCAGGAUCAGGAGGAGAGAAGGUGGAACAAAAGAACUCAGCAGAUGCUGCAUGGUCUACAGAGAGUGAUGACCAAGACGGGCACCCAGUCGGUCAGUCUGCUCGACCUCUGCCGGAACAACAACAGGAAGCAGGCGGCCGCCAAGUUCUACAGCUUCCUGGUCCUGAAGAAGCAGCAGGCGGUGGAGCUGGUGCAGGAGGAGCCGUACAGUGACAUCAUCGCCACACCUGGGCCUCGAUUCAACAUCAUUUAGAAAGACAGUGUCAACAGUAGGGACUCUCUCUCCUGACUUCACAGUUUUAGCUUUACCAUGGAGGGCAGCGAGCAAAUGGCCGUGACCUGUCCUGCUGGGAAAAAGAAGAAAACUUUAAAGCACUUAAAACUGCAAACAAAUCAUUCAAAAUAAGCAAAAAGAGGUUUUAAAUAUUAAAACAGCUGGUUCACUCAGUUAUAUGCACAAUAAUUGUUGCCAAAAUAGAUAGAGAAAUCAGUCCUCCAUAAACUACAGAAGUGUUGACUUUAAAUUAAAGAAAAAACUUUGUUUUUCUGAAGAAUAUUUUUAAGUUGAAUGUAUUUCACAUGUAUUACCUUGUAUCAGUGGAGCAUGUCAUUUGUUUAAACUAAAAAGAAUUAAGUAAAUCCAAUCUACUUACAUACUAAACAGUAAAUUACCGUAAAUAUGAAGGGUUCCAUUUUUGAUCACCUCUUCUUUUAUCAUUUGUAGCUACAGUUAUUAACCAAGUUGGCUUUGGUGCUACAUAUAAUUUAACCUUGUGGUUUUAAGGUUAACAUUAAGGAAGUUUCUCAUUUAAAAAAGAAAAACAUGAACAGAUGAAAUCUCACUUGUUUCUUAGCACGUUAAGUAUGAAAACACCAGGAUGGCCUGUACAAAUACAUACAAUAUACUCCAACUCCAAAUAUAAACAAGCCAAAA